CUCUGACCAAAUCAGUUUCACCUCCCAGCGUUGUUGACAGAGGAAGGAUGUUGCACAUGGCUUGGAUCUGAUGGGACUCACAACAACUAUUUGAUUUUUAACAUUCAUGAGAAGCAAAGAUCGACCAAGACGCGUUUACGUGAUGGAGACAUAGUCGGGAUUUAAUUGUGCUUGUUGCUGCAGCUGCUGCUCACAAUGAUCCUCUGAUGGAUUUAAUGGAGCUGACUGGUGCCAGAGCUUUGCAUCCGAACCGUUCACAUCCUGCGUAUUAGAAGCAACUUUUUAUGCCACAACAUGGAUGGAAAUCAAAAUAACUACUGGGGUCACCAAGAAAUGCACAGAGAGUGCUUCGGCCUGAGUGCUGACAUGGACCCCAGCCUGACUGAGCUGCAGCAGCAACAAACGGCCAAGCAGUUUAACUCCAGCAUCUCUGUCCGCUUUCCUGCUUACCACUCGGAUGCUUUCAAGUGCGACGGAGACCAGGUGGUCCCCUCCUCCCAGAGAAGGGUCCGACAGAAAGAGGCCAAACCCCUCCCGCCGCUUCCUGACCCUGAGGACCUCAUGUCAGAUGAAGCUGCAGACAGUGAGGUUGAAUUCUUUACCAGUGACCGCCAGCGCCUCCUGCCCAAAAGCUGCCCGAAAGCAAUAACCAGAAGCAGCAACAGAGACUGCGGUCAGAUAAAUUACGCCUACCAGGGGGGAUCAUUGGAGAUAAGAGCUAUAGGCUCUGACUCCAUUGCUUUCUCUUGGCCAAGCAGAGAGGACAGACUACUUGGUAGAGGAAGCAGACCUCUUACAAACAACUGUAAUUUUGAUUACUUUGCUCAUGAGAAAAGAGACAGCCAGCAUGAUGUGUCUGCUCUUAGAGCUGGUUUUGGUGACAAACAGUCAGAGCAUCAAGCCUCAUCCAGAAUCUGUUUUUCCUGUUCAGGUCCCCCUAUUCCUCCUAUAAAACCUCAAAUCCCUCCUCGUAUCCCCAUCCCACCUAAACCCUCCUCUCUCUGCAAACCUGUGAGCAACUCUGAGGAUGAAAAGCCUCCCAAAGUCCCCCCAAGGGUCCCCUUGGUCCCACCCUGCCCACCACGCACCCCAAGCCCCAAAAGCCUCCCAAUUUACAUCAAUGGAGUGAUGCCCGUCACACAGAGUUUUGCUGCUAAUCCAAAUUAUGUGAGUAAGACUUUACAGAGACAGCAGAGCGAAAGGGCACCACCAGCUGCACAGUUUUCUCCUUGUAUCGUUCCCAUUCUGAAGGACGGCAAACAGGCCAGCGCCACGCAUUACAUUCUGCUGCCGCCGGGUCGGCCCGCGCACGCAGAGAGACGGGCAAGGAUUCUGAGUGAGCCUGAUAGGACUGGAUGCGUCUGGCAGAAAAGAUAGAAUCCUUUCAACGAAUACAAGACAGCGACUGACGUUAGGCAUGGGCUGGUAGGGGAUGCUUACAGUGGAAUUCUUAGUUUUCUUUUUGAAAAAAAAGGAGGGGAUUUUUAACAGAAUAGUGAAAAUCUAGUUGUUUUUAAAAACUUCCCUUGCAGAAUAUUAAACCAUUUUGCUAAUUCUGCUCUUCAUAGUAAACUUUGAGACUUUCAGACCUUUAUCGGCAGGUAAUUUAGCUGCACCUCAUGUGUUUAAAUUUUUAUCUGCUAAAAAAAAAGGAUUGGAUUUCCUCCAUUUAGCAGCAACUUUGCUGCUUUCGAGGAAUCUGGACUAUGAAAUCACUGGAAGUUUCCCCAAAAUACAGGAACAUUUUAAGAGAACAAUCUUUGGACUUUGGAACCUUAGAUGAGUUUAAAAAAAAAAAGCAGCUUUAGUGUUUUGCUUGGCAGUUUAACCGGGUCCAGUUCAACCUGGAAUUGCAAAUGUUUACACACUAACAGUAGCAAGGUGGCUGCUAUUUACUCUUUCAAUGAGAAUUCAGUCAAUGCCUGAAAACCGGAGUUCUUGUCAUCAGGGCAAAAUGUUAUAAUCAGGGUGUUAUUUUGGCAAAUUAUAGAUUUGAAAAACGCCAUUUAAUCUUAAAUCAACAAAAA